AUGAAGAGGAAUUGUAACUUGGAACUUUGCCUUUAUCCUCCAUACGUUUCUGAUGGAAAUCACAUGGUUGAAGAAGAAAAAGACAGUGAUGAGAGUUCAAUGCAAAAUCAGCAACGGCCACUGACCAUUUUCUACGAUGGCAAGAUGUGUUUUACUGAUGUCACUGCGCUUCAGGCCAAAUCUAUCUUAAUGCUGGCAAACAAAAAGGUGCAAGAAACAGUGAAGACACCAACAGGGUCAGAGCCUUCAACACAAACAAUAGUACAAUCUCCUCAUCAAUUGUAUAGCCCUGGUCCUGCUCUUUCAAUGAAAAUAUCUUUGCAAAGAUUUCUACAAAAAAGAAAAAAUAGGAUUCAACAAGCUUCUCCAUAUAAUCAUUAG